AUGAGGUUACAGCUGGAAAACAUGGAACUGAAAAGAAACUGUCAGCUUUACAAGAGGCAUGUCAACACACAAGAAAAAGAUAUGCAAAACACGGAAAGGUGAGGAUGUAGGCCUCAAUAACUACGUGUAAAAUCUUUAAUGUUAUAUGCAAUCAUCUAUAAAUAAUAAAAUUUAUGACAUAGUAAUAAAAGAGGGAAAAAAGUAAGUAAUUAUUGACAGGUCAAGUAAGCUAGCUGUUGUUACUCAGAUCGAUCAGAUUGGAAACUGGAAAAGCUGGUUUUUAAGAGAAGAUCAGGAGAUACAGGAGUACAGUUGAGAAAAGUUUCAGAGCAAGGAUAAGAAUCAAGGAUGCUCCCAUUUAACACUAAUUUAAUAAUCAUGAUAAAAACUAGAUUUAAAAUUUUCAACAACAAUCUAACGGUUGUAUUUUACUACUACUAUUAUUAGUAAGGUUGAGAAAUGCCUCGUUUUUAUCAAUAUUGUGUUGCCAUCUUAUGUACUUUUCAGACUUGUAGUUAAAUUACUAAGCAUGGUGCAAAGACAGUACCUCCUCUUAAAAGGUGUCGGUCUUGCUACUGAUGAGUUAACGGAAGAAUACAAUAACGUAAUUGAAACAGUCGAAAAUGGAAGAGAAGUAAUGUGGGCAGAUCAGAGCAUAAAAGACAGUGAUGAUGGUGACAAGCAAAUAUCAUUCAUAAUUAACUGUCAGUCCACAACUUUUGGUAAGUUAUGACAUGUCUGAAAUCAUUUAUUGUGGUUUCAAAUUGAGUGAGCACCAGUCCAAUCACAUUAAAUUAUUAUUUAAGACCAACUUACAAUCAAGUCAGUUCAAUUAUAAUUUUUUAAAUGUACCUCAUAACAGUCCUAAGGACCUGACCUCGGUGAUUCUCGGCAAUGAGAGUGGGAUUAUUAACCGGCAGAAUUAAUAACAAAUUGGGAAAAAGUAAUGUAAUUAGUGAGCAUGCACUUAUCCGUGAACCUGUACCUUUAAUUCAUUGGCAAGAGUGCUCCACUGGUAUCGCAGCAGCCAGGGUUCAAAUCCCAGCAAGGGUAAAUUUUUUUCAAGCUUUCAAGUUGCGUCUUUAAUGCGAUCAUUGUCUUUGUAUUUCUCCAUAUUUUUUUUUGUUUAAAUAACCGGUCUGAUUUGUUUUUUCUUCUUAAAGGAACAUCUCAGAUACGCACUCCCAUCAGAAAGCGUCAAUUCAACACACCCAUGGCAAACACAGACAAACGCACCCCUCAAAGAAGGAUCCCUUUUGCUCAAGAACCAAUGAAGACAUUUACACUAUCAGCAACAUCAAAAAUGCGUAAUCUUAAGUUGGCAACAGAUGAUUCAGACUUUGCCAGUACUCGGAUUUCUCUGACAAAAGAAUUUGAGGCAAUGUCUUCACCAGCGAAAUCAUCUCUUCCAGCUAGAGGACAAAACAUGGUGUCAGCAAAAGGUGACGUGUCUGUUGUUCAAGCAAACAGUAGCUCUACAACACCGCUACGGAUUCCAUCAUCUUUUACUGCAGUGUCAGGGACUAACACCAGUACUAGUAAUUCUGUGUCAUCACUUGGAACAGUUCUUUGUCAAAACAGUUUGAAUAAGCCUCUAAGAUGUCCAACAAAACAAGGAACUCCUCAUCCUAAAAUUUGCUGGGGUGAAAAACAUGGCAAUGUCAGCCCUCAAUGUACUUCUCCUGAACAGGCUCAAAACGUUAGUACUAUAUGUACACCCAUGAGGGACACUAACCAAUUCAACUUAUCAGGAAUACAGCCACUUAAGGAGACUCCAGCAGAAAAAAAUCAACGACUGUCAUCAGGAAAGGUACUAAUUAGCAUAAUUUAUUCUCUUAUUUAUAAUAGAUGUUGCCGACUACUAAAUUUGGCAGUCUUGAUAGAAUAAAAUAAUUUUGUUGGUGAAAAACAAUAGUUUAAUGCAUGUUGAAGUCAAUGGAUGACAGAGAGUCUACUCAAGAUCUCAAAGAUGUAAAUUGAACCACUUUGAAAUUACAGGUGCAUAGAAGGUGGACCAAACAGGUAAAAAAAAGGCUCACUCCAGGAAAAAAAGGAAAUAAUAUCCUGAGUCUCAUUCAAUACAAAAAAAAAUUAAGUUUGCAAAUGGAAAGAAAAACUUAAAAAUUUGUUUCUCUUCAUACAAACAUUCAGGAUCAGUUAAAGUCUUACUUAGACCGCAGUUUAAGAAAUCAUUGGACUUCCAGAUCUUCCUGAUUAAGUUAUUUUAAAAAGAUAUAAGAAGAUAAAUGUUUCUAAUCUACCCUGUAAUUAUGCUUCCAUUAACCCUGUUCAGAAUAAAUGGUUUUGAGAUAAAUGCAUUGAGAAACUGAAAUGGUUUACAAUGUGGUUUUGUUGAACACUAGCUAAUUGUUUUUCCCAAUUAAAAUGCAUCGUUUGUUUACAGAUAAGAGGACCUACACUAAAUAAUCCUCUGGCAACACCCCUCCGAGAACUGCCUACCAACAGGUCAAAUGUUGUAAAAGAUAAGCUGCCUUCCAUACUGGAGCAACUGGGAAAUCCUUUUAGUAAGAGUAAGAAUAAAAUAUGACCAAUUUUCAGCUUUGUUUUGAAAUUACUAGCCUGCGUAGCAUGUGUUUCCGUUUAGUUUCGGAGCAAAAAAAAGCGAAGAACGGGAUUUUCGGUUUUGACCACACGAGAAAUGAAACGAGAGCCAUUUUUCGCACGGUCUUUGACUCUUGUUCCGCGUUCUUUACUCCUAAACCGCACAGAGAUGCGUGCUAUGCAGGCUAUGAAAUUAUACGCCUUGGCCUCAGGGCUUGCCUGAGAAAACAGGCAACAUUUCACCUCAACCUACAACUGGUUUCCCUGAGAAAUCAUGUCUGAGGUAUGACUGAUGACCUGUCACAACCCAGAUCUGGGUAGCGCCUCUGACUGGUUGAAGCAAAUUUCUCUUGUGGCAUGACCAUUGACAAUCAGAAGCACUACACAGAUCUGGGUAGUGGAACAUCAUCGGGAUGGAAUGUCUGCCAGGGUUUGCACAGUUUUGAAAAGUCCUUGAAUUUUACGGGAAAUUUGAAUGUAAGUGGCCUGGAAAGUGUUUUUUGAUGCUUUUUGGUUCUCCAAGACAGAAUAUGAAUCAUAGCUCAGAGAAUUUAAAGGUUAUUUACACAAAGUGCUCAAUGUUUUAUGCAAUAAUUAACUAUCAAUUUAAGACAAGUGAACUGAAAAAUGUAGAGAAGUUGGUGAAGCAAACAGUUCAAGCGUUAAAGCCUUAUUAGAAUAGACUGGGAAUGUGCGUUUUUGUACAAUCUGUGAAAUUAUAUUCCUGGUAGGUGGUCCUUGAAAAGUCCUUGAAAAAUGGUUGCAAUUUUUUGUAUGAACCCUGCCUGCACUCAUAGACAUUCCUCUGAGGUCCUUUUGUGGGGAAGCCAGCAGUGUAGUCGUUUUCUCAGGCUACAUCAGGACCUUAUGGAAAAUAAUGAUUUCAUUAAUAGUAAAUGCGUAUGACUGGUACACAAAUGUAAUUGUUAUAUAGCUGGAAACUUUUCCAACAACGUGCGCUCUCAUUGGUUACUUUUAGGUCACAUGACAUCUAACAAUGAAACUGCUUUCCGCCAAAAUCUCUGAGCGGGCAAAUUGCAAAAAAUUAAUUACAAAAAAAGGAACAAUAUUGUAAAAUCUAUGACGUCGGAGAGUAAGAGUGCACUGUUACCCGCAAAUGUUGAUUGAUGACCGUUUUUACAACGAGGUUUAAUGAAUUUCCAGCUUCAAAAUUUGCUUUAACUGUUUCCCUCUGGACCAGUCUUUAAUUGUUGGGUGCUCGUUUAGUUUUUCAGUACUUGGUUAGCUGCUAUUCCUGGGAACUAUCAGGGCUGUCACCAGACUAUGUCCCUAUUCUGCAAAAAUAACUGUUUAGAAAUUCAGAGGUUGUAGUUUACUGUAUGUAGGGUGCAAAAGUUUAAAACAUCUCUUUACUGUACCUUGCAGAGAAAUCAACUAGUGAAAGAAGAAGUACAGACAUGAUGCCAAAGAGGUGAGUUCUUUAUAUGUCUUGAUUAUGCAUAGCUUGUCAUAGGCAUAGGUGGAAAGAAAAUGUGAGUGCACGUUAAAAAGAGAGGAACCUUUAAUCUCUUUUUCUAUCCUAUUAGAGUGCACAAUGCCACAAAAGAAAACAUGCACAAGCCAAAGCAACCUUCAAGGUGUAACAGUGUUGUAGAGCUUGACAAACUGCAGUCAAAGAAAGUUAAGAAACACAUGAAUGGACUAAGAAGAGCAAUGAGUAGCACAAGUAUCGGAACAAGCAGAAACUUUGCACCACGAUCAUCGUAA